AUGUCGGCUGCCGUGGCGUGCCUGGACUACUUCGCCGCCGAGUGCUUGGUGUCCAUGUCCGCGGGUGCUGUGGUUCACCGCCGCCCGCCGGACCCCGAGGGCGCGGGCGGAGCGGCCAGCUCGGAGGUGGGUGCGGCGCCGCCGGAGUCCGCUCUGCCGGGUCCGGGGCCACCGGGGCCCGCGUCGGUCCCCCCGCUCCCCCAGGUCCCCGCCCCUAGCCCCGGCGCGGGCGGCGCCGCGCCCCACCUGCUGGCUGCAAGCGUCUUGGCUGACUUGCGCGGCGGCUCUGGUGGGGGCUUCGCAGAGUACUCCGGGGAAGUUCUGCGCGCCUCGUCCGGCUCCUCCGACCCGACCCCGUGCUCCGGCCCGACCCUGGGCUCCCAGCCAGCCUCGGCCUCCAGCGCAGCCGAGGUCUCGGAACCCAUGCACUCCUCCGGCGCGCUCGAGGUCCCUGGCGCGCCAGACGUCCCGGGAGCGCCUGCCCACCCUGGCGCGGUGUCUGGCGUGGCCCCUGGGGCCGGCCCCGCCCCCGCCACGGGUCCAGGCCCCCGUCGGAGGCCAGUAACACCUGCUGCCAAGCGCCAUCGCUGCCCCUUCCCGGGCUGCAACAAAGCCUAUUACAAGUCAUCACAUCUGAAGUCCCACCAGCGCACCCACACGGGUGAGCGCCCGUUCUCCUGCGACUGGCUCGACUGCGACAAGAAGUUUACGCGCUCCGACGAGCUGGCCCGCCACUACAGGACGCACACGGGCGAGAAACGCUUCUCCUGCCCACUCUGCCCCAAGCAGUUCUCUCGGAGCGACCACCUGACCAAGCACGCCCGCCGCCACCCAUCCUAUCAUCCUGACAUGAUCGAGUACCGGGGGCGCCGUCGCACCCCCCGCGUCGACCCGCAACCCGCCAACCUGGUGGACAGCUCCGGCUCCGUCCCCGGGCAGGUGCCCAGCUUCACCACCUGCUUGUCUGACAGUCACUGCUGUUAG